AUGGCCAAUCACCGUUCGAUUGCCCUUCGUAUUCUACUGCAGCCGCCGAAUACGUUCAACUUCUUUGUCGGCAGUUCCAAUGGAUAUUGUGGAUGGUCUCCUCGAUUCGCACUCACAAGCGACCUCUCAUUGGCCCCCACCAAGGACAGCUCUGAUUGGUGGAAAAUUACUCAGAUUUGCGCCGAGGGACCCUCUGGAGCAGGGUUUUCUCUCACCCCUCUUAUUGAUGAUCCGGGAUACGUGAAUGGCCUUGAUUCAGCCUUGAUACCUCUUCUCGAUGGCCUGGUUCACAACAUCUCAUGCUCCUGGUUCUUUGCCCAGACGCUCUCGGAGGAGGCUGAGCUUUCCUCACUAACGUCACCAGGCUUUCUUAUUGAAUUCGAUUUUAACCUUCUAGACUGA